UUCAACUGUACCAGAAGAACUCAGUGCCCAGAAAACAAUAUCAGUUCCGUACAGAUACAAGGUGAUGCUGAUUAUUUCAUCAACUACCUUGGAGUUCCCACUGUGCAAUUUACUUAUGAGGACACCAGUGCAUUACAGGGUCCAAGUUUUCUCUCUGAGGCAGCUUUUCCUCAACAUGCAAUAAAAAUUGAAGAGAUGGAUCCUUUCUUCAGUCUUCAUCAGUCCAUUGCCACGCUCUCAGGAGAAGUGAUUUUGCAAAUUGCCAACGAACCAGUUCUGCCCUUUAAUGCUCUCGAUAUAGCUUUAGAAGUUCAAAACAGCCUUAAAGGUGAUCAACUCAAUGCACAUCACCUGCUGGCUGUGGCAUCACGCCUGAGGGAGAGCGCUGAACUCUUUCAGUCAGAUGAGAUGAGACCUGCCAACGAUCCCAAGGAACGAGCCCCUGUCCGUGUCCGAAUGCUGAAUGACAUCCUCCAGGACAUGGAGAAGAGCUUUGUGGUGCAGCGGGUGCCACCAGGAUUUUACAGAAAUAUCCUCUACCACAUGGAUGAGAAGACGAACCAGUUUUCAAUACUUGUGGAGGCAGGGGAGCACCACCACUCUCUCGCAUCGAAUGAGACCCUUCAAGGAGCCCUGUCAGAGGUUCUGAACAGCAUUAAUUCAGCUCAGGUUUACUUCAAAGCAGGACUUGAAGUCUUCCAGAGUGUCUGAGUUGCAGAGAACUAAGAAUACUCUCAGCAUUUUAAAAAUGUUUGUUUACAAUUCUAUAAGCAAAAGCUAAUUUGACCAUAUUUUUCUGAAAUUGAGGACUUUUUUUCCUCUGGCUUUUCAACAAGUUUAAAGAUAUAUUACAUGGUCUUUUUCAUGUAAUUGAAAGAACAUUUUGCACAUCAAAUAUUGUUCAUAUAUCUACAUUUUUGAAUAUGUAAAAGCAAGUUAUUGAAAUAAUACUUAAGAUUUAUCUACUAAGAGAAAUCUGCUGUAUUUUUAUAUAUAAAGUAUUUUGGGAGAAAAUUUCCAUAAAUUUCUGGACACCUUCUCUCCUAUGGACAGAAUAUGUAGGAAUGCAAAGUUAUCUUCUUUUACAGAGCUGUUAAUGACCGAGUUUCUAUAAUAGAAAUGGAGAGUUGGUAGUUUCUGAUUAACUUCUCUAAUAGGUGUUCAAUAUGAAGAAUUCAAGUAUUCUGAUGGAAGUAAUUGGUUACCCACAACCACUUUGAAUGUUCUAUUUUAUGAAAUGAAGUUCCUCUUCUUAACACAACUAGAUGUAGUAACGCACUGGUUACGAAAUUGUAUUUUUUAAGUAUUAAUGAAAAAAAGAGCCAUAAACAUUCCAGGGGAAAUUCUCAAGGUAGCUGCAUAAAGCAAUUUAAAUGCAAAUUUUUUCCUAACAAGUUAUAAGGUGACUAGCUUUGAUACCCCUAAUUUGCUCCAGUUGAUUUUAUAAGAAUUUCAGAUGUGAUAGAUGUCUUACAAAGGAGAAAACAUUUCUUUUUUUCUUUCCCUGUGGUUUCUGCUAGAACCACUGAAACAGAGGCUACUCUAAAAUGAAAGCAGCUCACAUGACUUUUCCUUCCCGAAUCUUUUCUGCAACUCUGCUGUAAGGCAGUUUUCACAGAAUACUAUAUAAUUUCCACAGAAAAUAGCCAAGUUUCCCUUUGAAAACCCAAAAUAUCAUAAAAAGCAUUAAAAUGCUUUUAUGCUGCUGACAGAAAGACCUUACUCUGAAGGAAAUACUUAUUUUUGUCAAUGAAAAAAACUGUAAAUCUGUGGAGUGUGUUUGAUUUUUUUUUUUUUGUCUUUAUGCUUAAUUGCAGCUAAGGGGAGAUACAGAACAUAUUCAUGCUUCUAAUUCUAUAAAGACAAUAUAGAGUUCUUCAGUAAGGAUGCAUUUGCUUUCAUGUGGAAUAGUCCGCCUUUCAUAUUGACAUUGUCAUUGAGUAUCUUCAGCAUUCGUUAUUCCCUCCAACUCUAUAAUUCUGCUUAAUAAUUCCAGGUUAAGCUUUUAGUUUAGCAUUUUUCUAAUCUAUAAAUGUCCUCCUGACAUUGGAUGACACAAUUUCCCUAAAGAAAAAUAAGUCUCACAUACUUCUUCAUCCCCCAUUGCACAUUGCCACAACAGUAUUGCAAGAGUGCCCAUCUGUCUGUCUUCACUUAUGCAUAAAUAUAAACCACAUCUCAGUCGAAAGAAAGCUAAUGUUGAAAAGAAAGAAUUGAUUAGUGUUGAUGAAUGGAUUUAUUAGAGUCAGAUUUGCCUGCCGUAAGUAACAUUGAUGUGUACAAAGGAGAAAAUGGAGGCAAUUAGCUGAGUAAUUUAAAAAGCAGUCCAUUCUCACCAGAACAGCCUUUAGGGCCGUACUUUCGUAUGUGAAUUGAAUCUUACAAUGCUUUAACCAAUUUACUUAUUUGAAAAUAUGUUGCAUACUGAAGAGAAUGCACAGGAAGGAUUAGAAGGCCCAGGCCCCUGCGUGGGCUGAUGUUAGUGCUUUUUCCUGCUCUGGAAAGCUGAGCAGCAGAAAAAACAUGGAGAAAACCCUCCUAGACACGAGGGCUCAAACAGUGUAAUGCCUUAUACCAAAGGACCUUAAGUGUUUAAUCAAAAAUCAGUGUGUUCAUUCUUUUUCUUUUAAUAAGGAGUUAAAUAUAAUACAAAGAAUGGAAAACUUAAUUUAGUAGAUUAUUGAGAGCAAUAAAUAAAUUUAUUUCUAAAUAAAUUCACUCUCAUGAAUAGUAUUGAGGACAGAGAAUAUUUUUAUUCUUCAUUUUAUUUAAAGACUGACUAUAUGAAGAUCAAUCACUUUGCAUAGUUAAAAAGUUUUACUAUGUUGUGUACCUCACUGCUUAAUUAUGUGGAUUCUGGCUCUUGAAAACUGCAGUUAACGCUGACAUAACAUAUUUUUAUUAGUCUAUUUAAGACAUUAUGUGAAGAAGCUAAAUUAUA